AUGAAGAAAUGGAGUCAGACGCGUACGAUUACGGCAGUAGCAGUUGUAAUGUCAGUGAAGAAGAGCGUCGCAGGCCAAAGUCCGUCAUUGAAAUGCCCACGCCGGCACCCCUCUCGCUUGAAGCUGAAACUCUUAUUCGUGAGAAGACUUUAUAAGGAGUCCGUGUUCAUUCAUCGUCACAAGAUAAGGAAAGUAUGCUCCCUCCAGCUCUUAGGGAAGCCAUCACAAGAAAUUUCAUCCGCAGAAACAUCCGAAGAAAUUUUUGGGCAGAAGAUCCCUAUGGAAGUCUCUGAACGUUGGGGUAAAAUCCUAACAGAAGGGUUGACGAAGGAACAGAAGAAGAACAUGCUUACUAAAACACUGAUCCCCGAAAAUUUUUAUUCUACUAGAUCUUCACCACGAAGAAACCAUGAAUCGUAG